GAAAACACAGCCACACAACGAGCGCUUUCACACCUUAUCCUCCGCAUCUGUCAAUUGACGCACGCCUCCAGGCUGUGACGAGCAUGGGCACCGUUGCCAUGAAACAUGCGGGCGCAGUCCCUACCCUCCACAAGGAAACAGCCGCGAAACGCUAUGGCACAGCCGGAGUGUAUUAGGCUGAAUGUGUUUUACGGAUCAGGCAAGUCUACGAAAGAGAUGGAGACAAUCAAGACAGUGAGAACGACAGUCUGGGUCUAGCUUGGCUGGGCCUGGGCCUUUUCGUCACUGGCGACGUUAUUUUGCUCACCUUGUGAUGCUACUUGCUAUUGCUACUACAGCUACAGCUCGAUGACGACUGCUACACCAAACCUCAAUAACACCCAACGGCUAAGCUGGGGAGAGGCAGAGUGGGGAGCGACAGGAUGUUUCUAUAGAAAGAUCAUGGGGAAGAAAUGUGGGAACAGGGCGCUAUCAACAUAUAAAGAACCGCCCCUUUUCUAUAUGGCCUCGUUGAUGUGUCAGACAUUCAUUCAGCAAUAAAGAUCAUCCGGGCGACUGAGAGACACAAAGAGGCACAACAUUCAACAGGAAUCAAACAUCCUCGGGGCCUUCGGAUACAUUCUCACACUCUCACACAUCCACCGCUCCUCGCCAUCAUACAGUCUAGUCCUAGCCUGUUCAACUCUCACCAAUUUUUCUUUUCUUGCUUCAAAUUGAACAGCCCUUGUGAGAUCGCGACAUUAUAUCACUAUGCCAGCAGCGGUCCCCUCAACGUCCAUUGCACCCCUGAUCGUCACGAGCACGACAGGAACCACGAUCCAGGCCCUUGACUACUUGACGGGCGAGACGUCCGGGAUGGCCACCGUGAUGGCUGCCAACUACAACCAGGAGAAGACGACGACGAAGGAGAAGAAGAGGCAUUGGUGGUCGCGCAUCCGCAAGGGGAGACCGUGUCGCCAGAUGGAGACGCUGGAGACCGCCCAGCCGAGUCGUAGCUCGAGCCGGGGGCCCCGACCGCUCGACGAGGACAUGUUCCCUCGGAGGAUCCGCACCAACAGUUCUCAAUCCGUGCCCACGGUGAUGAACACGCAGGCUGCGGGGGACGUCUUCGGCGAAGACAGCGGCCUGGACGCCAUGGCCGAGCCGCCCGUCGACAUCACCACCGCCGCCAGCCCCAGCAGCUCGGUGUUGACCUCCAGCGUCGACUCCUCCCCACGCAGCAGCUGCAGUAGCAGCAACAACAGCUUCGGCUCAGACGCCUCGCGAACCACGAUCGACGGCGCCCGCUCCAGCAUGUCGUCGGACCGCCAGAGCAGGGCCAGCGGCACGAGUGUGGCGCGACUGUAUGAGGCGCUGGGCACGCGGGCCAUCAUGAAGGAACAGAAGAAGUUGCAGAACUACCGCGCUCGACAGGGCAUCCUGGACGAUCGCGCCCUGGAUACUGUGGUGCUGGGGGGCGCCUUUGUGAUCAUGUAAUUUCGUGCUGUUUCCAAGGGCCCUCGCCUCUCUGGCUGGUUCAGGUGGCCUCUUGCCUAUUUUUUGGGAUAUCUAGAACAGGAAAACAAUGCGACCUCUGUUACGGAGUUUAUUACUAGCCGAGCUCUUGCGCACUGUUUCCUUUGCUUCGAGUCUCCAGAGUUGUGCAUAAUAUCC